UUUAAAGCGUUUUUUGAAUAUUUAUGAGGAGGCGGAGUCCGGCGCUCAAGACAGAAAGAAAUAAACGGAGGCGCGACGGCGCGAGGAGGAACACUGACGCUCGCGGAAGACACGCGUCUCUACCUGCGUAUCUGAAGAAUUAGAGCUGCUUGUCCAGGUGAGCUGCCUGUGUGUCCCUCAUGAUGUUUGUGGCGUUGCAGCUGUGUGUGUUGGUGGCUGUUUGUUCUCUGAGCGUUUCGGCGUCUCAGUCCUCGUCUUACGGAGAGCGAGGCUCUGAUCUCGGCCUGCAGGUGUUUUUGCAUGUGGUCCAGGACAAACCGCAGGAGAAUGUGGUCCUGUCACCUCACGGCGUGGCCUCCAUCCUGGGCAUGCUGCUCCCGGGGGCCCACGGGGACACUCGCCGCCAGCUGCUCACGGGCCUCAAAUACAAGAAGACAGGUCCUUAUAAGAUGUUGCGGAAGUUGCAUAAGGCCUUGACGACCAAAUCCAACGCUGAUAUUGUGACGAUUGCCAAUGCGCUGUUCCCCAACGAGGGCUUCAGCAUGAAGGACGAUUUCCUGACAGCCAACAGGGAGAACUUCAUGUGUGAGAGUCAAACCAUUGACUACAGCGACCCAGAGCAGGCUGCAGAAACCAUUAAUGAAUGGGUGAAGAACAGCACCAAAGGCCAAAUUCCCAGUCUUGUCAAGGCAGAUAUGUUCAGUUCGUUUAUGACUCGGUUGGUGGCUGUAAAUUCCAUUUACUUCAAAGGCCUUUGGAAGUCCCGUUUCCAAGCCCAGAACACCAAACCCAGAAGCUUUACUGCAGGAGAUGGAAAGACAUACAAAGUUCCCAUGAUGUCCCAACUCUCUGUCUUUAGCAUAGGUCAAGCAAGCACUCCAGAAGGUUUGAAGUAUACAGUGAUCGAGCUGCCGUAUCACGGCAACAGCAUGAGCAUGUUUAUUGCGUUGCCGUCAGAAGAGACCUCGCCCCUGUCAGCCGUCUUGCCGCACAUCUCCACAGUGACCGUCCAAAGCUGGACCAAACUGCUGGUCCAGAGGAGGAUGCGCCUCCUGAUGCCAAAAUUCACAGCUGAGCAGGAGGUGGAUUUGGAGGAUCCUCUCGCAGCGAUGGGAAUCAAAGACCUCUUCAUUCAGAACAAAGCUGAUUUCAGACACCUGAGUUCAGAGUCUGUCUAUGUGUCCAAAGCACUUCAGAAAGCCAAGAUAGAGGUCAAUGAGGAUGGAACCAAAGCCUCUGCCGCCACCACUGCAAUCUUGCACGCCCGAUCUUCUCCUCCGUGGGUGACCGUGGACAGACCGUUCCUGUUUCUCAUCCGACACAAUCCCACAGGAACUAUUUUGUUUGCUGGCCAGAUCAACAAACCUUGAGCCAGAGAUCAGAGGAGAUUCGAUCAGCUGUCCACACACACACACACACACACACACACACACACACACACACACAUACAUACAUACAUACAUACAUACAUACAUACAGACAGAUGAAUAUAUUUAACUUUUGUCUCGGAUUGCGUGUUCUUUACCCCCUCAAUUUCUCAAGUGUCUUUUUAACCUCAUUUUGGCUUUGUCUUUUAUUAUCUUUAUAUACUUGAGGAACAUUUUAUAAGAUUUUAUACAUGGUUUAUAAUUGGUCUAAAGCAAGUCUUUCUCACAAUAUGUGUGCAACUGAAAUGCUGAGAAUGCUAACUUUUUUUUCCUUAAUAAAAUGUCAGUUCAUUUGUCACAUUAAUGAUGUAUUUUCCUGCAUUGAGUCUUAUUUUAUUAAAUAAGGUACUUAAACUGUUUUUUUUUUUUCUAACUCAAAGAAAACCUUUGUUGUUUAUUUAAUAAAAUAUAUUCAAGUUA